ACGACAGAACAUGGGCAACUCGAGCUCGUCGACCCCCGAAUCCAAGUCGUUUGUCGAGAACGCGCUUGCUACGAACGGCGUCAGCGUCUUCAGCAAGACGUACUGCCCCUACUGCACCAAGGCCAAGAACGUCCUAAACGCAGUCGGCGUCCCGUUCACCGUAUACGAGCUCGAUACGAUGCCCAAUGGCGACGGCAUUUUGCAGUCGCUGGCCGAGAUGACCGGUCGCCACACGGUCCCCAACGUUUUUAUCAAGACCAAGACGAUCGGUGGCGGCGACGACGUUGCCCAGCUCCACCGCGACGGCAAGCUCUUGACGCUCCUCAAAGAAGCUGGCGUCUUGCCAUAGGCUCGUCAAACGAGAUUUAUUUUGCACCUGCC